UCUUGAGUCUCUGUGGCUUUCUGAAUUGCAACCUUUUCUGCUUUAGCCUGUUCUGCAAGCUGGCUGCUCUCGUGAGACACAGGAUCUCCCUCUUCGGGAGUGAUUCAACUACAAUGGUGAGCUGCCUUCACAUCUUAGCUCAGACACUUGACACAAGGACCGUCAUGAAGUCAGGCUCAGAGCUGGUGAAAGCUGGGUUGCGCUCAUUCUUUGAAAAUGCAGCAGAAGACUUAGAGAAGACUUCAGAAAACCUGAAGCUGGGGAAGUUUACCCAUUCCAGAACGCAGAUCAAAGGUGUUUCUCAGAAUAUUAACUACACCACAGUGGCUCUGCUUCCCAUCCUGACAUCCAUCUUUGAGCACAUCGCUCAGCAUCAGUUUGGGGUGGAUCUACUCUUGAGUGAUGUGCAGAUUUCAUGCUACCACAUUCUGUGCAGCCUCUAUUCCCUUGGGACUGGAAAAACAUCUAUGUUGAAAGCUCUCCCUCUUCCCACUGACACAUCUCCAGAGGAGACACAGGCAGCAUUGGUACACAGGCACGGGUCUCGGUUUGGCCCGAGGCAACGUCCUGCUCUUGGAGAAUGUCUGGCUUCCCUGGCAGCUGCCAUCCCAGUGGCAUUCCUGGAGCCUAGCCUUAACCGCUAUAAUCCCCUCUCAGUCUUCAACACCAAGACUCCCAGGGAGCGGUCUAGCUCUGCAGUGGAAAUUCAUAUCUAA